GCUUCUUGUAUCUGCCCAUAAAUAGUCAAGAGGAACCUACCUACUCACCUUAAGAUUCAGCCCAUGAUAUCACCUAGCAACGGUUCCAUUGCCCCUGUCUCCGAAUUCCUCCUCAUCUGUUUCCCUAACUUCCAGAGCUGGCAGCACUGGCUGUCCCUGCCCCUCAGCCUCCUCUUUCUCCUCGCCAUGGGGGCCAACGCCACUCUCCUGAUCACCAUCCAGCUAGAGACUGCUCUGCACGAGCCCAUGUACUACCUGCUCAGCCUCCUCUCCCUACUGGACAUUGUGCUCUGCCUCACCGUCAUCCCCAAGGUCCUGGCCAUCUUCUGGUUCGGCCUCAGGUCCAUCAGCUUCUCUGCCUGCUUCCUCCAGAUGUUCAUCAUGAACAGUUUUCUCCCCAUGGAGUCCUGCACAUUUAUGGUCAUGGCCUAUGACCGCUACGUGGCCAUCUGCCACCCACUGCGGUACCCCUCCAUCAUCACUAACCAGUUUGUGGUCAAAGCUAGUGUCUUCAUUGUGGCACGAAAUGCCCUUCUCACUGCACCUAUUCCUAUCCUGACUGCCCGGCUCCGAUACUGUGGGAAGAAUGUCAUUGAGAACUGCAUCUGUGCCAAUCUGUCAGUGUCCAGGCUCUCCUGUGAUAAUUUUACCCUUAACAGAAUCUAUCAAUUUGUGGCUGGCUGGACCCUGCUGGGCUCAGAUUUCAUCCUCAUCUUCCUUUCGUACACCUUCAUUCUAAGAGCUGUGCUCAGGUUCAAGGCUGAGGGAGCUGCAGUGAAGGCCCUGAGCACUUGUGGCUCCCACUUCAUCCUCAUCCUCUUCUUCAGCACCAUCCUGCUGGUUGUGGUGUUGACAAAUGUGGCCCGAAAGAGGGUCCCCAUGGACAUCCUAAUCCUUCUGAAUGUCCUUCAUCAUCUUAUCCCCCCUGCCUUGAACCCUAUUGUAUAUGGGGUUCGUACCAAAGAGAUAAAACAAGGAAUUUGGAAAUUGUUGCAGAGAGGGAUGUGA